UUCCGACGACAACUCCCUCCGUUCAUCGAAGACUUUCAUCUCGUUAGUCCUCCAUAGUUUUGUCAAUUCUUGGUUUUUUGCGACUGCUUUCCUUCAUACAUUCUUAAUUAGACUUGUGCUUUGAGUUCAUUCUCGUUCCACAAAAAUGGCAUCGACAGGACCUAAAUGGAGUUUAUAUCCGUUAUUGGCGGUGGUUGCAGUGUUUGAAUUCGCUCUUGGAGGAGCACACAUUGCCUACUGUUCUCCAUUAUUUUUCUUUUUAUUCCCAUUUAUCAAUUCUGCUUUCGGGUUGGUCACAGCAUUCCAUGCAAUUUUUCUUCGGUACCCAAAUCGAUGUGAUUUCUAUUUACAAUUAACAUGUUCUUCAAUUGGAUUUUUCUUCUUUUUCUCGUCGUUAAUGGAAACAUACUGUAUAAAUGAGUUUAAAUAUGCAGAUGAAACAAUUAAAGAUGGAGUAUGCCACGGAUUAAAAUAUCGAACAAUUGCAAUGGUUGGGUCUUGCAACGAUUUACUCGCUAAUUUACAAUUGUCGAUUCUCGAUAAAUUUGGAUGGGAACCUAAGGAACGCGAAUGGAUUCGGUUUUUCACAUCAAUUUCUUUGACUAUUUUAUCUGGUAUUCAUCUAUUAAUAUGUACUCUACUCACAUUCUACAGUGCAACCGAAACCAAAAUCCGUUUAUACUCUUAUCACUAUCAAGUCGUCAUAUCAAUAUUUAUCAUUAUUGUUUCAUUUUUUCAUCUUCGUUACUGUUGCACAUUCUUUUUUCUAUAUCUUCCAUUGGCAAUUGGAAUGUUUUCAUUACUUCAAGGAAUUGUUUCAUGGAGAACUAAAUGUCAUGGUUCAACAACUAGAGCUUUAAACAUUAUUGGAGCAGCAUUCGCAGUUCUUAUGAAUGCUACCACAAGUUUUGGUAUAUUCUGCUGGUUUAAUCGAAAUACUGUUCCGCAUAUGAUUACAAGGCAUUGCCAUUGGUUGUCACAUCGAGAAGCAUAUUGUAUGAGAGUUGUUCAUUUUACUCAUCCAUAUAUUGAUUGGUUACCACAGGAAACUGAAAGAGAGAUUGCUGCUAUUCAGAUAACAGUACACAUUCUCUUAUUCAUUUUUUCAUGCAUACAGUUUUCCAUCUCCAUGCGAUCAGCUUUCUCAACCAAAAAGCAAUACUUAUACUAUUGAAAUUAAUGUUUUGUUGCGUAUAUAUAAAGUUUAUCAU